AUGAACGCAACAAGGGCUCUCGCUCAUCGCCAGCCCAUGAUCCGCUUUCUGGGAAAGCGCAGCACCCCUCAGAAGGUUGACCACACCCCGCACGUCCACCCUGCUUCUCCCAUGAGCGAGCUUCCCUCAUCUUUCAAAUCCUACCGACAGAAGGCACAACAGCACGGCCCGCUCAACCACAUUCCCAGCGCCUUUGUUGGCGGCCACAUUGGCGGUGCAUCCGGCAGGGACCUUGGCCCCAUUGAGGCAGGAAAGGGCUUGUACUUCGAUCGCUCUGAGCUGCCUGCACGCUUCCAGAACCUGUCAUGGACACAGGCUGAGAUGGAACUGCUCGAGUCCGGUGGUGCCAGCGCGUUUGCUUAA